AUGGCGUCCAUGGGACUACAGGUGCUUGGAAUCGCCUUGGCGGUCCUGGGCUGGCUGGGCGCGAUCCUGAGUUGUGCGCUCCCCAUGUGGCGGGUGACCGCCUUCAUCGGCAGCAACAUCGUCACGGCACAGACCAGCUGGGAGGGCCUGUGGAUGAACUGCGUGGUGCAGAGCACCGGGCAGAUGCAGUGCAAGGUGUACGACUCGCUGCUGGCCCUGCCGCAGGACCUGCAAGCUGCCCGAGCCCUCAUAGUCGUCUGCAUUAUCGUGGCUGCCGUGGGGAUGCUUCUCUCAGUGGUUGGAGGCAAGUGCACCAACUGCAUGGAAGACGAGACCACCAAGGCCAAGACCAUGAUAGGAGCCGGCACCGUAUUCAUCGUGGCAGCCUUGCUCGCUAUGGUGCCUAUAUCCUGGACCGCACACAACGUCAUCCGCGACUUCUACAACCCCUUGGUGGUUUCCGGGCAGAAAAGGGAGAUGGGGGCCUCGCUUUACAUCGGCUGGGCGGCUUCUGGGCUGCUGCUCCUGGGAGGAGGCCUGCUCUGCUGCAACUGCCCACCUCGCAGCAACGACAAGCCCUACUCCGCCAAGUACUCCGCCGCCCGCUCUGCUCCCGCCAGCAACUACGUGUAA